AUGGCAGAGUACUGCAGACUGAUAUUUGGAGAUGCACUGCUUAUGGAUCCAUUGGAAAAAUACCCGCUUGAAGCUGGGGUUCCUCUUCCAAGCCCUAUGGAUUUAAUGUACAAAAUUCUGGUGAAGAAUAAAAAGAAGUCGCAUAAGUCUGCAGAUGGAAGUGCAAAAAAGAAGCUCUCAGAGCAAGCUUCCAACACAUGCAGUGAUACAUCUAGUAUGUUUGAACCUUCCUCCCCUGGAGCAGGAGAAGCAGAGAUUGAGAGCGAUGAUGAUGAUGACUAUGAUGAUGACUGUAAAAAGUCGUCGAUGGAUGAAGGUACUGCUGGAAGUGAGGCUAUGGCCACAGAAGAGAUGUCUAACCUGGUAAACUACAUUCAACCUGUGAAGUUUGAGUCAUUUGAAGUAUCAAAAA